AUGCUCGCAAGUAGUAGCAAAUUUGACAUUCCUUCAUUUGCAUCAACACGUUGGAGUCAACUAUUCAUUUCAUCUAUCUUCAAUGCAAUUGCGGCAUCUUCACUUGUUCUUGUUUCUCUAAACAUAUUUCACUUGCUCCCGUACUUGACAAUGCCCUUGGGCAACACUACAAAAAAUGAGGCCAAAGUAAUUGCCCGCCGUGAAACUCUAUUCACUGAGGGUAGGGACUUAAAAUCAAAGAAAGAAGCUUCACCACCAGUGGAAAAUACUCAAAAUCUUGGAUUUGGCUCCUCAGCAGCAGUUUUGGAGGAUGAUUUUCGGCCGACAACACCGGGUUAUAGCCCCGGUGUUGGCCAUGCUUUCCCGGGACAUCAUGAUAUUGAUACUAAAUCAAAAGCACUAGAAAAUGCUCCAGGUGUUGGCCAUUCUGUUGCCGGAAACACGGAUGAUUUCCGAGCAACUAUGCCAGGUCACAGCGCCGGUGUUGGCCAUUCUUUUCCAACCAAAAUUGGAGAGCCAAAUCCAUAG